AUGGCGUUCAUCCUUCGCAGGCCGUUCGCAGUCUCUGCCGGCCUCAAACAGAUAACCAAAUCAUCACCAGGCAUUCGCCUCUUCCACAACUCACCCGUCAAAUCAAACACUUUCUUCAACUCCAAAUCCACCACUCCUGCAGCAUCCGCCCUCAGCAAGUCAAAGGCAACAUUUCAAAAUGCUUUCAGACGGACAUAUAUGCAACAGCCAGCCUAUGCUCCAGAUCGUGGCAAUCUCACACAGAAGCUCUUGUAUGGCGCCGCAAUCCUCGGAGGCACGAUUGUCGCAACGAAUCUCAUCUUCAACCGGGAAACGAGGGAGGAUGGUGGGAUGCCGCCCUUCGAACGCGAGUACUUGAAUCAGACUUUCAUGCACACGGGACUUGGAAUCGGCAUCAUUGGAAUUACGGCGAAGGCUCUUCAUUCUUCGGGAUGGUCGUACAGAUUGAUGGCCACGAAUCCUUGGAUAGUGGUUAUUGGUGGCCUGGCACUUAGUAUCGGUACGAUGUAUGGGACUUUCAAUACCGCGCCAGACAACUACAUCCAAAAAUACGCCCUCUGGACCGGUUUCAAUGCCACCCAAGCCGCAAUUCUCUCCCCUCUCAUGUUCAUGUCACCCGCCCUCCUCGCUCGCGCCGGCAUCUACACUCUCGGCAUGAUGGGCUCUAUCGCAUUCGUGGGCGCAACGGCAAAGCAAGAAAAGUACCUCUACCUCGGCGGUCCCUUAUUGGCAGGUGUAGCCAUCGUCGCCAUCUCCGGAUUUGCACCAUUGGUACUACCAGCCACUGCCGUCAGAACUCUGAUGUGGAGCGAGAAGAUCUGGCUGUACGGUGGGUUGGCAGUAUUCGGCGGGUUCACCUUGUAUGAUGUGCAGAAGAUAUUGCAGCACGCGAGGAUGGCGGAGAGGGGGAUGGUCAGGAAGGAUGUUGUGAACGAGAGCAUCAGCUUGGAACUUGAUUUCCUCAACAUCUUUAUCAGGAUGGUGCAGAUUUUGGGGAUGCAGAGGAGGAAGUAG